AUGUCGAACCGGUACGGGAGCCCCUACCGCAAUGGCAACGGCUAUGGCAACUUCGGGGCGCCACCGCAGGAGGACCAGCAGGGCGACUACGACCCCUACGGCGACGGCUACUCGAACAGCGGCCGCUACGGCUCGCCGUCCCAGCAGACCAUGGCCUACAGGACGCCGCCCCCGCAGGCCGCCUCUCGAAACGUCCCGCCGCCUGCUCGCCAGGAGCGCAUGCAGCCCGAGACGAACGCCGAGCGCCAGAUCGCCCAGGUCCUCGAGCUCAUCAAGCGCGAGUGGCCCUCCAUGUGCCAGACCGACUGCAUCCCCGUCCAGCUCGCCCUGCAGCUGCUCGACACGAGCUCCGUCGGCCGCGCCCACGAAUACCGCAACUUCCAGGAGACCCACGACUACCUCCAGAGCUCGCUCAAGGGCAUCGUCCACGAGCACCACCAGGGCUUCAACAGCUCCAUCGGCACGUUCCACAAGAUUCAGGGCAGCAUACAGGCGUCACAAAAGAGGGUGCGCGCCCUGAAGGAGUCGCUGGCCUCGUCCAAGGUCAGCCUCUGCUCCACCGAUCCCGAGCUCAAGAAAUUGUCCGCCACGUCGCAGGCCUACGACGAGCUGUUGACCAGCCUCAACGAGCUCGAGGAGCUCCGCCUCGUCCCCGACCAGCUCGAGGCCCGCAUCUCCGAGAAGAGGUUCCUGUCCGCCGUCGAUGUUCUGCAGAGCGCGCUGCGCAAGCUGCGCAAGCCCGAGCUGGACGAUAUCGGCGCCCUGAGCGACCUCAGGAACUAUCUGGCCAACCAAGACUCGGCAUUGAUGGAUAUCCUGGUCGAAGAGCUACACGAGCAUCUGUAUCUCAAGUCACCCUAUUGCCAGGAGCGGUGGCAGAGUCUCGCCAAGACACAAGGCGCCUUUAAUGACGCCUACACUGACGCGACGGCCAUUCCGCUCUUCCACUCAUGUCUGGAGGGCAUGGAUCUCGAGCGGCCGGCGACGGAGGACCCAGCCAAGAACCCCGAGGCCGACACAUUCACCUAUGUCGGGCUUCUCGUCGAGUCUUUGAACAAGCUCGGACGGUUGGAGAUGGCUGUCGACAUUCUCAAACAGAGGAUGCCUGUCGAGCUGUUCAGCAUCGUCAACGAGACCAUCAACGAGGUGGACCAGCGACACCCGAGCUCACUGCGGGGCGCCGCCGUAAACUCUGAGGGUCUUCACAUUUACGGGAACCGAGAAACCCAGAUGCGGGCAGGUGUCAUCUACGACUUGCUAUGGACCUUGUAUGGCAAGUUUGAGGCCAUUGCCGAGGGACACCGCAUUUUUCACGAAUCAAUCAAGGCGCUCAUCCGCCGCGAGGGCGCCGGUAAUAAUAGCGUGCUGCUUGGCAGCUUCAAGGAGCUGUGGAACCUGUACCAGAACGAGAUUCGAUCGCUCCUACACAACUAUGUCACGACGGACGCCGACGUUUACCAGUUUAGCUCGUCACCGAAAAUGGGUUCGAAUAUGAAUGGCAAGAAGGAUGUCGCGCGUGAGCACCUGUUCAAGUUUGCCGAAGCGGAUCCCAAGUCGGUCGACAUGGUCACCGAGUAUGAGGCUCUCGAAGGCAUCAUCCGAGCUGCCGUCCCCGGCUUGACCGACAGUCGAAAGCCAGGCGCAGACAAGAAGGCGAUUGGCCGCUCCAACAACAUUGACGGCGGCAGCUCAAGGAAGAGCGCAACAGCCGGAUACGAGAGCAAACAGAACAGCUCUAGCACCCACAAAUCGCUUGUUGAGCCGAGCGUCUUCAACAUGAGCCUGUUGCUACCACCCACCCUGGUCUUCCUCCAGCGCUUGAGGACUAUUGUCCCACCUGGCUCGGACUUGGCUUCGAGCGCCCUGACGUCUUUCCUCGAUAACUUCCUGGUGAACGUGUUCCAGCCGCAGCUGGAUGAGACAUUGGGCAAACUCGCCGACACCAUCUUCGGCGAGACGACUUCCUUCACGCAAGAUCAAGAAUGGAUGCAAGUCGCGCGGAAGCCGGUCUUCAAGGGCACGACGGCCUUCUUCACUGUUGUCAUGGCCUUCUGCAAGAUGCUCACAACCAUACCGCCCGAUCAAGCCUUGAGCACACUGAUCAUUCGGCAAAUGAUGAGGUACUAUGAUCGGUGCUUCGGCUGGUUCAAGUCCCUCGUCAGCAAGACGCAGGAGACUGCCACGGACACACAAACACUACGACUCGCGGCCAAGCUCGCACUCGAGCCCAGCCAGAUCAACGAGACGAUCAAGGGCAUCUGGGCCUCCGAGACUACAGACACUGUCCUGAUGGAUAAGGAAAUCGGGCAGCUGAUCGCCUACACAAACAAUCAGAAGACGGAGCUCAGUGAUAUUUUGCAGGACAAGGAUACGAUAUCAUCCAUCUGCCUCCUAUAUACCAGCAUGAAGUGGUUGGCCGUCAAAAUCUCGGGUCUGCGGCACAUUACCCAACACGAUAUUGAUUCGACGCGGCCGAAUCUGCCUCGCCAGUCGGGCAAGCGCUGGACCUUGAUGAACGACACGAACAAGGUUACAAGUGAGGACUGUCCUGUGUACCUCCCGAUGACUCAGGAUACCGUCCAAGCAUUCGAUGGUAUCGUCUCCUCCUUCGAGGAGCUCGCCAACACGGCCCUCCUGACACUCCAUCUCGAGGCGCGCGCCCAGAUCAUCUACUCCCUCCACACGGCCCUCACCCCCUCGACGUCAGCCCCCUAUCUCCUCGAACAAGAGGUCAACGAGCCCGACCCGCAGGUCCUCAAACUCAACGCCGACGUCAUGACCUACGACGAGACGAUCACGCGCCACCUCCGCAUCCCCGAGUCGCGCUUCGUCCGCACGGGUCUCGGCCGUCUCAUCGACGCCUACCUCGUCGGCAACGCCCCGCUCGCGUCCCCGAUGAACGGGCGCGGCUGCGGCCGCAUGCAGCUCAACAUUCUCGUGCUGCAGCAGAACCUCAAGAAUGUCGAGGAAGGAGUCGACCUGCGACGCGCCGCCGAGUACUUUGCCCUCUUUGAAAAAGGCCCCGACGGGGUCGUGGCCAAGGCCAAGGCCGACAAGGAGGCUGGCGAGGCCGAGGCCGACGGCGAGCCGGACGAGGAGGAGAGGAGGCUCCGGUUCUCGUACGACGAGCUCAAGGCGCUCAUGGAGCUGUGCUUCAGCGAGCAGCUCGCUAACCCGGAGAGGGGCGUCGCCGCCGCGGCCAAGCGGCAGAUGGGAGAGAAGAUGCUGGCGCUGAGCGAGUACACGUGGCAGACGUAG